AUGGCUCUGAAAUAUCUUACUCAAAAAAUUGCACAAACAAUUGACGAAGAAUUGAUGUCCCAGGCCGGAGGCUUCUCAAUUGACCAGCUCAUGGAAUUGGCCGGCUUCAGUGUUGCGCAAGCGAUCUUCAGGACAUAUGACAAGUCCAAAUUCUCACGCGUAUUAAUCUGCUGCGGUCCAGGAAAUAAUGGUGGUGAUGGUCUUGUCGCGGCGCGUCAUCUUUUCCACUUUGGAUACAGACCCAAUAUUUUUUACCCAAGACGACCCCCAAAAGAGUUGUAUCAGAGGUUGGUGGCCCAAUGUGAGAAUCUCAAAAUUCCGUUUACCGAUAACUUAUCCGACCAAUUUUCACGAAACGAUUUGAUACUGGACGCUAUAUUCGGAUUCAGCUUUUCGGGGGAAGUCAAAGCGCCUUUCGAUCAGAUUAUUCAGGACUUAAGGGAAACAAAAUUACCAAUAGCUUCAGUCGAUAUUCCAUCCGCAUGGGACGUUGAGAAAGGAAACGUGGAUGGCCGUGGUUUCAUCCCCUCAAUGCUCGUCUCCCUCACAGCACCAAAAUUGGGGGUGAAGCAAUUCGAUGGAAUACACUUUCUCGGUGAGCUUGAGAAGAAAUAUGGACUUAACAUUCCACCUUACCCGGGAACCGAUCAGGUGAUAGAUAUCACCAAUUUAACAAAGGAAAAAUUAUAG